AUGCCCGCCCUCUCGCUACGCGAUAUCGGCGUCCUCCCGCCCCCGCCCCCCCCGCCGGGCGGCCCGACGUAUACCGCCCCUCCGCCGGUCUACGUCGCCAGCCCGCCGCCGGCGACGAUGAUCAACCCGUUCGUGGCGAUCGCGAUGGGCGUCAACAAGACGCAGAGCAUCGCGUUCGCCGCCGUAUUUGGCGUGCUCACCCUGCUCCUCGCGGUCCGCUUCGCCCGCGGCGUCGGUAAGCACCGCAUGGUCUACGCCUUCCUCAUCAUCAUCGGCGCGAUGCGCGUCGCCACAUUCGUCUUCCGCUACUUCGUGGCUACUACCAAGCCGACCGCGUCGAGCUUCCAGGCGAUCCUCAUCGCCUCGGGUGUGCUCCUCGUCGCUGGAUUCCUGUUCAUCGUCGAGGCGAUCAUGCAGCUGCUGUGGGACUGGUUCUGCACGGUGCGCAACCUGUCCAUCCCAGGCCGGACGACAAAGAACAUGAACCGCUCGCGGCACUGGCUGCUGGUCGUCAUCUCGACGCUCGGCAUCGUCGGCGCCGUGCUGCAGAUCACGUCCAUCUCCAAGGGGGACAAGGCGACGUUCAACACCGCCAAGCACUUGCGUCUGGCCUCGGGCGCUCUCUUCAUCGCGCUGUGCUUUGCGCUCAUUGCGCUGACUAUCGUCGUUGCCUUGCUUCCCGUUCUCCGCCCAGAGCCGGUGACGAAGUGGCCCAUGAUCGCAGUGCUCGUCAUCUCCACUGCGGGGCUGAUGCUCGAGAGCGUGUACCGCGUGUGGGCGGCCGCCGCGCCAACAGGCUGGGCGACGACGCAGAACGCAGUCGACGUCAUGAUCGUACUCCCCGAAGGCCUGAUCAUGCUGUUUGCCAUCUUCCUGGGCCUUGACGACCUCGGGCAGGUCGCAUUCGUGUGCUCGCCCCGCAAGCCAGCCACGCAGCCAGUCGAGCAGCAGGAAGAGCCCGCCGUCUCGGACUCGACGCUCGCCCAGCCCGCCACCACGCGUAAGCGCGGGCUCACUGUCUCUGCCUCGCGGGACGAGUUUGAGGAGAUCAGCCUGCACAAGGUUGGCAGUAAGCACGACGACUUUAGCAGUGUCGACGUCACGGAUGCGUCGCGCGAGCCUUCGCACUAG